AUGGCGAGACCACAUAGCGACGUUUCUCGCGCCGAUGAUCACGCUUUUUGCGAUUAUUUCGGUGGUGUUGAGUGCGAUGCAAGUCGUGCUUGCUGCGCAGAGUUUGGAGAAGGCAUCUGUGUUUGGGAGUACCUCGUUUUGGUUUUCUGUGGUAGUGUUGGUUCUAGUGGCUCUUAUUACGGGGUUUUUUCUGGUGACGGUAGUGUUUAUGGGUGUUAA